AUGGAGGCCCAUAUAAGAAAUCGACGUAUGCAUCCCACCCACAGCCGCAAAGUUGAGGAGCCGCCUACGAAAAGCAACGACGAUGACAAGCUGCACAAGCCGGUGAAACCCAUGACUUUCGCCCAAAAUGCGCCACCUCCGGCAUUUGGAAGCACGCAGGGCCCGCCGACUGAUGCAUCGUACAAUCCUGGCUCUUCGACCGUUGCUGCACCGCAGGAUCAGCGCCCGCGCCAUACGUUAUCGCAAAGUGUGCCACACAAUCUGCCAAGCCUGAACAUUUUCAACCAGUCGGAGCAGGCCGAAGCUGCGCAGAGGCAACGUGAUCUCCACGGUUACCUAAACGGCGAUGUUGAGCGUUACUCCAUCCGGGAUUCGGACGAUGGCGGUGCUCAGUCCAACUCGACGAUGUCCAUAGGCAGCCAUGGUAGCGAUGCUAAAGUGGAACCGUUCUACGCGGCAUCGGUGCCUAACCCAUACCACAGUUCAUCCGUCCAACCGCCGUGGAGCACAAUGGGUAUGUUUGCAUUGUUUAGUGUUCACGGUGUAACAGAACCGAGUGAAUCAGGAGUGAAACCGGAAAUAUCAGGGCAGAUGGAUGGAAACAGGGGCACAACGCAACACGCGCCUCAGUUCCCUACGGGGCAGUUCUUCGGUUGGCAGGGUAACUUUACGGAGCAAAUGAAGCAGCUUGGUGGUUUCUAUAUGGCAAACGCUCAGGAAACUGAUGAAAUAGAAGAUCCACCGCUGCUGGAGGAACUUGGUAUCGAUUUGGAGGAUAUUAUGAGACACAUCAACUGCGUAUUGUUGUUUAAGAGCUGUGGAAACGGUGAACUGCAAUACGGCGACUUCACGGGUCCUUUGAUGAUUUUGCUGCUAUUCGGAUUGUCGAUGUUGGUCUCCUGCAACCUAAAUUUCAGCCUCGUGUACGCCAUCGAGGUGCUCGGGACGGGGUGCAUGUACCUGCUGUUUAACAUGCUCAGCCAAGACGUUUACGUUGACAUGGCAAAGACGGCAAUCAUUCUGGGGUACUCGCUGCUUCCCAUCUGCCUCGCGCCGAUCAUUUGGAUCUUCUCGCGAUUUGCGAAGCCCGUUGCCGUUAUCCUCGUCUACCUAUGCGUGGCGUGGAGCACGUCCACCGCUUCACGCCUGUUUACGGAGGAGCUGAACAUGGGUAGCCGGAAAUUCCUGGUCAUCUACCCGACAAUGAUAUACUAUCUGUUCUUUGCCCACGUUGCAAUGAACUAG